GAAAAUUCCCGUGUGUCUUUACAGCUUUCUCCUUCUCACACGUUCAAUCCAACGGUUCUCCUUGAAUCUUCUUCGCAAUCGUCGCUCCCCACUAACAAUAAAAAAAAAAAUAACAAAUCUUUUAAUAACUAAAGUUCUAAAACAAAACACUCUCUCGCUCUCAGAUCUGAUUCCUUCCCCUUGAAGCUUUAUCUCCGAUCUACCAAUAAAGAAACAAAAAUGGCCUCUGCCAGAGAAGAGUUCGUUUACCUUGCGAAGCUUGCGGAGCAAGCAGAGCGAUAUGAAGAAAUGGUUGAAUUCAUGGAGAAAGUCACAGAAGCCGUCGACAAAGACGAACUCACCGUGGAGGAACGCAACCUCCUCUCCGUUGCUUACAAAAACGUAAUCGGCGCUCGUCGUGCCUCGUGGCGCAUCAUCUCCUCCAUCGAGCAGAAGGAAGAGAGCCGCGGCAACGAUGACCACGUCAACACGAUCCGUGACUACAGAAGCAAGAUCGAAACGGAGCUCUCCAAAAUCUGCGACGGUAUCCUUAAGCUUCUGGAUACGAGACUUAUCCCGGCUUCUGCAAACGGAGAUUCCAAGGUUUUCUACCUUAAGAUGAAGGGAGAUUACCAUAGGUACUUGGCUGAGUUUAAGACCGCUCAGGAGAGGAAAGACGCCGCCGAGCACACCCUCACCGCUUACAAAGCCGCUCAGGACAUCGCUAACUCCGAAUUGGCUCCAACCCACCCGAUCCGUCUUGGUCUGGCCUUGAACUUCUCUGUCUUUUACUAUGAGAUUCUCAACUCUCCAGACCGUGCUUGCAGUCUCGCUAAGCAGGCGUUUGAUGAAGCAAUUGCUGAGUUGGAUACUCUAGGCGAGGAGUCAUACAAGGACAGUACCUUGAUCAUGCAGCUUCUCCGUGACAACCUUACUCUCUGGACUUCCGACAUGCAGGACGAAAGUACUGAGGAGAUCAAAGAAGAUGCAGCACCCAAGCCUGCUGAAGAACAGAAGGAGACCUAAGUCCGUGUCCUGCUUUGUUAUCCAGUAUUCUAAAAUUAUCCAACAAUUGUGUUUUCCCGCUUUGUGUUUGUUUUCUAAUCUCUUUCGUUAUGUUAUCCUCGAAGCUUCUAAGGCCGUCUAUUCUUGUCCUUUGUUUGCUCUUCCUAAUCCUGGAUGCUGCUGGAUUUUUAUCUGGUUUUAUUUUCUUAUUCAUUGCAUUUCGGCUUGUGCCUUGUUCUGAAUUCAUAUCAUCUUCGUAUUAAUGAUUUGUCAGUUCUUUUGUGA